CCCUGCCCGGGCGCCCUGGUCCCAGGGGCUCUCCUCUCGGGUCCGACGGACGACUCAGCUGCUCUCUCCGCUCCUCUUCCAGCCGAUCUGUCCUGCGUGGCCGAGGCAGCCCCGGGAUCUGACUCCAUUGCUAUGACGGUGGCGUUGGCGCCCCCGGCUUUGACUCCCACGGCCGGCGGCGCCGUCUCGGUGUCCGUGGCUUUUCCUGGCUUGGUAACUCGCGAGGGCUGUUUCCAUUUCACUUGCGAGUUCCUGAAGCACGUCCUGUACCAGCGGCAGCAACUGCCCUUGCCUUACGAGCAGCUCGCCUGCUUCUCCCAGAGGCAGCUGCUCGCGACCCCGCGCCAGGAUGAAGAUGUGAUCAGAAAAGUCUAUGCUAGCGAUCCAGACAACAAUAAGAAAUGCCAGCAAGUGCUAGGUGACCUGGAGAGACUGUUCCAGCACUUGGAAAUCAUGUUCAGUUUGACGUUGGUCCCACGAGUUCUUAUUCUGCUUGGUGGUACUGCCGUUAGCCCUAAAGAACUAUAUGAGAUCAACCUGCAGGGCAUCUCUUUAGGUGGCACCAAGGAGAGCCUGCAAACGGCAGCUUGUGUUCGCAAGCUUUUCCAUUCGCUCUUCCUGGCAGAUGUCUUUAGUGAUCUUAGAGCUGUCCCCACCCUGGGUGUCAUUGUUAUGGUCCAAGGACACCGCAACUGUGGCAUUGACUGGUUCAGACCCAAACUAAACUACAAAGUGCCAGCUCGAGGGAGGAAGCUGACUGUCAACUUAUCCUGCAGUGACCAUGGCGGUGCAACACUUUCUUCUAAUGCUGAAGUGAACUUUGCCUUGAAUGAUUAUAUAUGGUUUCAAGCUCCAGUGACAGUGAAGGGUUUCCGUUACUUUUCUUGA